GUCUUUUCGACGUCAAGAAGAGAGAACAUACACUAAUAAGGGGAUUCUUUUUCUUGAUGGAUGAUGAUGAUGAUGAUGAGGAUCAUGAUCACAAUGGUUCCACUAUCACCAUAAACUAAUCCCUUGUAGCAUUAUGUAUAUAUACCCCCAUUGUGAUCAUGUCAAUAUACAAACAUUACAGAACUGUCCUCUUCUUCAUUCUAGUUCUCUUAACAUAAAAAGAAUCACAAAGAGAAUCUGUUUCAAAGUGAUUAGAGUAUAGGCUUCGACAGUUAUUAAUGGAAGGUAAAGGACGAGUAGGAUCAUCAAGUUCUUCUUCUUUCACCGCCGAAGUCUUUGGCUUCAAAGAUCCUUCGCCGCCAUCUUCUUCCUCUGGAAUCUUCUCUUCCAUUUUCCCUCAUCCCUCCAAGGGUGUUGCAAGAGACGGUCCAAGCUCCAAACAUGGUUCACAAGCUCAACGUAGAGAAUCUGCAACUGCGCAAGAAGACAGAGUUGAGCCAUGUCAUCUAAGCUCUUCUCUUUACUACGGUGGUCAAGACGUAUACUCUCGAUCCAGCACCAACCAAACUUACCCUACAGUAAGAAACGAGCGUCUAAGAAGCGGAGAAGGCGAUACUAAUGGACAGAACUCACACGAUGUUUCAAGAGGAAACUGGUGGCAAGGUUCUCUUUAUUACUAAAGAACCAGUUCCUUUAGUUUCUUUGUAAAUAUCUCCACAAACCCCAUGAAAGCUCAAGCCAAGUACUAUCUACCGAACCAAGACUUUGUAUAAAUAAGUUUAUGCAGAAAAAUUAUUAGACGAUUUCUAAUAUUAAAAAUAAUAUAAAAGAGAUCUCCUAGUAAAAGUGUCUUGAAUAGAUUUGUCUAGUACUUGUUCUAAUCAUUUGUGUCAGUAUUUUCUCUGCUUUUUCUA